UUAGCCAACUUGAGCUGAGAGAGACCAGAGAGGGGGAAGAGACACACACAAACAGAUAGGAGAAGGGCACCAGCUGAAGCCACUUGCAGGACUGACUGACGGUUCUCACAACGAAACUCUAGCAGCGUGAGGAACUAAAAGCCAGGUUUAAUUGGUUUCUUUUUCUCGUGGGUAGAGUUAAUAUUUUUCUACUUAUUUUGACAAAGCAAUAACCCCGAAGCACAUUCCUAGUUCCCACCUGCUUUUAGUUUCCGGUGUAACCUAAACUCCAGAGAGCCUUAGCAUCCACUCGGUCCUUUCUGCUUUGUACACAGAUGGGGUGGCUGGACGAGAGCAGCUCUUGGCUCAGCAGAGAAUGCACAGUAUGAUCAGCUCAGUUGAUGUAAAGUCAGAGGUUCCUGUGGGCCUGGAGCCCAUCUCGCCUUUAGACCUAAGGACAGACCUCAGGAUGAUGAUGCCCGUGGUGGACCCUGUAGUCCGUGAGAAGCAACUGCAGCAGGAGUUACUCCUCAUCCAGCAACAGCAGCAAAUCCAGAAGCAGCUCUUGAUCGCAGAGUUUCAGAAACAGCAUGAGAACUUGACACGGCAGCACCAGGCUCAGCUUCAGGAGCACAUCAAGUUGCAACAGGAACUUCUAGCCAUAAAACAGCAACAAGAACUGCUAGAAAAGGAGCAGAAACUGGAGCAGCAGAGGCAAGAACAGGAAGUAGAGAGGCAUCGCAGAGAACAGCAGCUUCCUCCUCUCAGAGGCAAAGAUAGAGGACGAGAAAGUAAGAGGCACCAGGGGGCAGUGGCAAGUACAGAAGUAAAGCAGAAGCUUCAAGAAUUCCUGUUGAGUAAAUCAGCAACAAAAGACACUCCAACUAAUGGAAAAAAUCAUUCCGUGAGCCGCCAUCCCAAGCUCUGGUACACGGCUGCCCACCACACGUCAUUGGAUCAAAGCUCUCCACCCCUGAGUGGAACGUCUCCAUCCUACAAAUACACAUUACCAGGAGCGCAAGAUGCAAAGGAUGAUUUCCCUCUUCGAAAAACUGCCUCUGAGCCCAACUUGAAGGUGCGGUCCAGGUUAAAACAGAAAGUGGCAGAGAGGAGAAGCAGCCCCUUACUCAGGCGGAAGGAUGGAAAUGUUGUCACUUCAUUCAAGAAGCGAAUGUUUGAGGUGACAGAAUCCUCAGUCAGUAGCAGUUCUCCAGGGUCUGGUCCCAGUUCGCCAAACAAUGGGCCAACUGGUAAUGUUACUGAAAAUGAGACUUCGGUUUUGCCCCCUACUCCUCAGGCUGAGAAAAUGGUUUCACAGCAACGCAUUCUAAUUCACGAAGAUUCCAUGAACCUGCUCAGUCUUUAUACCUCUCCCUCUUUGCCCAACAUUACCCUGGGACUUCCAGCAGUGCCAGCCCAGCUGAAUGCUUCAAAUUCACUCAAAGAAAAACAGAAGUGUGAGACCCAGACACUCAGGCAAGGUGUUCCUCUGCCUGGGCAGUAUGGGGGCAGCAUCCCGGCAUCUUCAAGCCAUCCCCAUGUCACUUUGGAGGGAAAGCCCAACAGCAGCCACCAAGCUCUCCUGCAGCAUUUAUUAUUGAAAGAACAAAUGCGACAGCAAAAGCUUCUUGUGGCUGGUGGAGUUCCCUUACAUCCUCAAUCUCCCUUGGCAACAAAAGAGAGAAUUUCACCUGGCAUUAGAGGUACCCACAAAUUACCCCGUCACAGACCCUUGAAUCGAACCCAGUCUGCACCUUUGCCUCAGAGCACAUUGGCUCAGCUGGUCAUUCAGCAGCAACACCAGCAAUUCUUGGAGAAGCAGAAGCAAUACCAGCAGCAGAUCCACAUGAACAAGCCCUUCCUGGAGCCACAGCACGCACGUGCGCUCUCGGUGCGCCCAGCUCAGCUGGCCGCGGAUGGCAUGGACGGAUUAGAGAAGCAUCGUCUUGUCUCCAGGACUCAUUCCUCCCCUGCUGCCUGCAUUUUACCUCACCCAGCAAUGGACUGCCACCUCCUGCCUGGCUCUGCAACUGGAAUUGCCUAUGAUCCUCUGAUGCUGAAACACCAGUGCAUUUGUGGCAAUUCCACCACCCACCCUGAGCACGCUGGACGCAUACAGAGCAUCUGGUCACGGCUGCAAGAGACUGGGUUGCUAAAUAAAUGUGAGCGAAUUCAAGGUCGAAAAGCCAGCCUGGAGGAAAUACAGCUUGUUCAUUCUGAACAUCACUCACUGUUGUAUGGCACCAACCCCCUGGAUGGGCAGAAGCUGGACCCCAGGACACUACUAGGUGACUCUUCUCAAAAGUUUUUUUCUUCAUUACCUUGUGGUGGACUUGGGGUGGACAGUGACACCAUUUGGAAUGAGCUGCACUCGUCCGGUGCUGCACGCAUGGCUGUUGGCUGUGUCAUCGAGCUGGCUUCCAAAGUGGCCUCAGGAGAGCUGAAGAAUGGAUUUGCUGUUGUGAGGCCCCCAGGCCAUCACGCUGAAGAAUCCACAGCCAUGGGGUUCUGCUUUUUUAAUUCAGUUGCAAUUACCGCCAAAUACUUGAGAGACCAACUAAAUAUAAGCAAGAUAUUGAUUGUAGAUCUGGAUGUUCACCAUGGAAAUGGUACACAGCAGGCCUUUUAUGCUGACCCCAGCAUCCUGUAUAUUUCACUCCAUCGCUAUGAUGAAGGGAACUUUUUCCCUGGCAGUGGAGCCCCAAAUGAGGUUGGAACAGGCCUUGGAGAAGGAUACAAUAUAAAUAUUGCCUGGACAGGUGGCCUUGAUCCCCCCAUGGGAGAUACUGAGUACCUUGAAGCAUUCAGGACUAUAGUGAAGCCUGUGGCCAAAGAGUUUGAUCCAGACAUGGUCCUGGUUUCUGCUGGAUUUGAUGCAUUAGAAGGCCACGCCCCUCCUCUGGGGGGCUACAAAGUGACAGCAAAAUGCUUUGGUCAUUUGACGAAGCAAUUGAUGACACUGGCUGAUGGACAUGUGGUGUUGGCUCUAGAAGGAGGACAUGAUCUCACAGCCAUCUGCGAUGCAUCAGAAGCCUGUGUUAAUGCCCUUCUAGGAAAUGAGCUGGAGCCACUUGCAGAAGAUAUUCUCCAACAAACUCCGAAUAUGAAUGCUGUUACUUCUUUACAGAAGAUCAUUGAAAUUCAAAGCAAGUACUGGAAGUCGGUAAGGACGGUGAGUGUGCCGAGGGGCUGCGCUCUGGCUGGGGCGCAGUUGCAAGAGGAGACGGAGACCGUUUCUGCCCUGGCCUCCCUGACGGUGGAUGUGGAACAGCCCUUUGCUCGAGAAGACAACAGAACUGCUGGCGAGCCUAUGGAAGAGGAGCCAGCCUUGUGAAGCGCCAAGUCCUCCCCAGCCUUCCCCACCCCCGAUAUUUCCUGUGUGUGACAUCAUUGCAUAUCCCCCCGCCACCCCAGCACCCUCAGACAUGUCUUGUCUGCUGCCUGGGUGGCACAGAUUCCAUGGAACAUAAACACUGGGCACAAAAUUCUGAACAGCAGCUUCACUUGUUCUUUGGAUGGACUUGAAAGGGCAUUAAAGAUUCCUUAAAAGUAACCGCUAUGAUUCUAAAGUUACAGUAAACCACGAUUGGAAGAAACUGCUUCCAGAGUGCUUUUAAUAUACUGGGUGACCCACUCCCAGGCCCAAAGUAUGAACUAGAAACAUCCAGUACAGCGUUAGAUACUGUUAAUUACAGAUGGUAUGACAGCCAACAAAAUUUUGGGCAAAACCUGAGAAAUCUCAUUCCUGACAUUCUGAUCAGUUUUUUAUUGGGAACUUUUUCGCUAGUCUUAAAUUGUUUACAGGAUUUGCUUUCAGCUAUGAAAGGACAGCAAUUCCCGACAGAUCACGGGGGUUUUUUUGUUUUGUUUUGUUUGUUUUUGGCCUUUGUUUUAACAUAUGGUUCAACUCUUGCUAGGAAGAGUCCAAGAUGGAGGAACCAGGAUGAGGCUUUUUUCAGUGGAAUAAACCACACAGUAUCUCAAAGUCCAAUGCCAAAGCAACCUCACACAUUUUAUGUAAUGGUGCAAUAUUUUAUAUCACAUUUUUUGAGAAAAAUUACCCUGUUUCCCUAACAUCCCUCUCUGUGUUCUCACACACAGGAGAUUUGCAGUUGAUUUAGGAUGAAGUCUCCUUCCUCCCUCAUACAUCCCUUGCUCUGGUGACAGUAGCUCUGAGCAUAUGUUCCACGGAGGAUUUUCAGUGUCUUUGAAAAGUGCAUAACUUCUCAAAGGCCAUCUUAAUUUGUUCCAAAUCUAUCAAGAACUUAUUCUCUCACUUUUAUUUUUCUGCUUUCCAUCACUUCCUUUCUUUUUGCCUUUCAUCCUUCCUUCCUAUAAAAAAAGACGAGGAUUACCCAUAAUCUCCCCAAUUACUCAGGAGCUUUGAGGACUCAGUUUAUUUUCUUGCUUCCCAGGUUAACACAGCUGCUUGGUCUGAUGUGUUCUUUUUAGCUGUAAAACCAUUGAGGACUUAAGCAAUGUUACUGAAUUUUCUAGAUCUUUGAAAUGUGUUAAUGAAGGCAUUGCUUAUUUGAAGUCACCUUGAAUUGAGUUAUCCUUGAAGUUGUGCCUUCAUGUGAAAAAAACAACACGAACUUAACCUUUACACAUGUUGCCUUAGUGUUAAAGGCUAAAAAUAUAGGACAUUUAUUUCUGAGAUUAAAAAGCAACUUACUAAAUAUAAGUAGGUUAUCCCCCUACCUCCCCAAAUUCUAUUUCACUGUAUAACUCACACACCUAAAGACACUGAUGUAGAAUACCUCGCAGUAUUUAAUAUCUGACAACGCUUUCAAAAGAGUUGAUGUUUCUUUUUAUAUAUUUUCCUAACUCAAAGGAUAUAUUAAAGCCAUAAGUGAAGAUUGUCAUGCUUUUAUUCAAAAAUCUGAAAGAAACCUUAAUUAAAACAAGGUUUUAGGGAAGGCCAUGAUAUGAAAGAUAUGGGACAAUAUGGUUUUAGUUAAAGAGGACUCCAACCUGUAAAUCAAAGAUGAAAGAUUUCACUCAAGUAGAAUUAUAUAACUCCCUUUUGUUAUACAGUCAGACCAUAUUUUUCAUGCAUUUGGUUUUUU